CCUCACACACCCUUCACCCAUUUUAAGAAAAUGUAGUUUUUCUGCAGUCUUGCUGAGCAUUAACCCACUCUACUUUCUGACUUACGUUCCCAGUUUACUCACAGUUAGCCAUCACUGCUAAUGGCCAACAUAGCUGUCCAGAUUUAUAAAUAGUUUAGAGGCUGUUUGUUUCAUCUGUCGGACACCUGACACUGGAGGAUCUUUCAGACCCACAUGCUAAGCUCUAGCCCUCAUUCUUCGGCUCCAUGGUGGACACUCUCUGUGGGACAGCUCCUCUAUUUCUGUUCGGUCUCCUGUCCUGAGUUCCAAUGCCUGCUGCUGGUCAGAUCCUCCGAGAUUUCACAGUGGACCCGAAACUGAAUUUGGAUUAUCCUUAGGAAGAGCCUGGAUCUUUCAAAGAGUGGUUGUGUAAGGUGACAGUCCACAACUUGAUCUCUUUUGGGAACGGGGAGUUAUUACACAAUCCCAAAAAUUAUGGAUAAUGAACCAGGAAGGACAGCAGCAGAUUUAAGGAUUAAGUGUGUGGAGCCAAACUGAAAAAGGCAAUGCCUUUGGAGCAAAACCUGAACAGAGGCCCCAAUCUCCGGGUGCAGCAGCUCCACCAGAAGAAACAGCGUGAAUCGUUUCGGUCUAUAUUUUCUAUUGAAUGACUGAACAACUGUUUUGGUCUGUAAGUCUAAAUCAUGACCUCAGUGGAAAAACGCCGCUCAAGCAGAAAGAGCGGUGGGCAUAGGAAACAGAGUGAUGGAGGCUUCAGUGACACGUCUAGUGGAGGUUCCUUCCUAGACGAAACUGAUCGGGAGGUCAGCAGUCUGACAGACAGAGCAUUCAGAAGCCUUUGCAUCGGGGAUGAGGCUAUUUAUAACGACUCUGACCUGAGUUUGUCUUCGCCGAGCACCAACUCAGACAGACAGCUGGCUUUUGGCGGAGAACAAGAGGAGAAAGAAAGAGAGGACCGAAAGAGAGUGGCCCAGAAGAAUUUCAACCUCCGGAUGCAGCAAUAUGGACACGAAUGGAUCACUGGAGGGAUCUAUGGAGCAGAGAUCCACAGAGAUCCGCAGUGGGAGGCUCAUGGGGAUAGGACACUGGGGAUGGUUUCUGCCACAUUCCAGCACUCCCUAGUGGAAACCUCACAGUUGGACAAGUCUCUGAGGGCAGAGAAGCUGUCCUUCCACAGCAAUGGAGCCACAGAGCUACAUUCACAGCAAAGCAGAAGCAACUCUAGAGUUUCUUCUCUCAUUAGAGCAUUUGACACUGACAGGCACAGAGAUGGACCGGGAACAGAUGAUAUGAUUAGAGAGCAGAAUGAUGAGCCAAGUUGGGACAAAUCUGCUCUGAUGAGUAUUCAGAGAGAACUUUCUGAAUUCUCAUGUCAGCAAAAUUUUAAAAGUCAUAAUUUUCAUCCUGCCGGGUCAUUUUCAUGUCGGGAUGCCAACUUCUGUCCCUCUGAAGCAGAAAAAAUGGCCCAAAUAUCUCACAGCUACAUGAAGUCAUCACAGAUUAAACACAGUAUGUCUUCACAAGUGAACUGCAGCUCCAACUUCUUUAUCCAUAGUGAGUUUAGUCCCUUUAAGCUAUGGAGAGAUUAUAACAGGUUUCCUUUCCAGGGAGCAGAAGCCUCAGGCUUUAUGCAUUACUCAGGGUUUCCUAAAUGGUAUCAGACACCAAUGUACAAUGAACUUUCUCUUGAAAAACAAGCCGGUAGUCAUUGUAGAGAAAUCAGACACCCGAGGAGCCACCUUGAAUAUCCACGCUCCAUCUCAACAUCCUCUCAGCUUCAGAGACCUUCAGCUGUGGAGAAACGCUGUGAAUCUGAGCUGGCAGUUCAUCAUCAUCACAGGAAGUGGGCACAAAGCCUGGGGACUAACAAACUUCCAACCCAUCGCCCGUCAACUGCGUCGCCCUCAACAGACAUGUCUCGACGUGUCAGAGACACCAUCAGCUCUGUCAAAGCUCUGCAGCAGAAGGUUAAAAUGAUUUCAGAGCAUGAAAUGAGCAACCAACAUGGAGUGUUCAACAGCACUGAAAGCUGGAUUUACUCAGGCAACAAUGCAUUGCCAGUGGGGACUAAUGUUGUCAGCGAUAACACAGUAAGUUCCUUUAGAACUGGUCAACUGCUGACUCCUUCUGUCCAAAAACAUCAGGACACAGAUAUAUCUCAUUUACAACAGUAUGAAGUGUCCCCUCAACCAGUAGAGCAUGCUCCAGUGCGAGCUGAAAGCAGAGGAGCAACUCCAGAGGUCAGGAUGUCCAGCUACAGAUCCCGAGCCUCAAGCCUUCUCUUUAACCUAAAAGACAACAGAAAAAGAGUGAAAAGCACUUAUAGUCCAAACAAAUUUAAAGGCUUUGAUACACUGGAGAAAAACCAACAGCCUUCUAUACAGGAGCCACAUGAAAUUACAUUCACUGAUUCCAAUAUUCAGUGUCUCCAGCAGGAAAUACCUAGAAGGACAAACGCUUCUGUAAACAAGUAUCACAUCCCUGGACUAUCACUUACAUCCCAGACUUCUCAUACUGCCAGUGUUAACACAGGCCAAGAUCCAGAAAACACUGAAAUCAAUUACCAGGCAUCACAGAUGCAGGGUCAGAUGGGUUACAGCUCUGGACUCACUAACUCCAUGCCUUCAAGUUACUCCAACAAUCAGCUGUUAGGAAUUGGGCAGAAUCCCAAUCAAUCUCUUGCAGCAUUUACUCCUUAUAGCCAAGAAACGUAUGGAUCUGGAGAAGUCAAGCAGCCUUACUCAGCUAUGGACACAGUAAGACUGAGUGUUGACAACAACCAGCGCAGUUUAAAUAACACUACAGGAAGGAUGUCCACAAAGGGGGAGAAUCUCAAAGAAAGCAAACUAGAUCACAAAAAUGUGUCCCUGCAGGAUAACUGGAGACAAACAAGCAACCAAAAUACAGAAAGCAACCAAAUCAAAACCAGUGUUUCGCCAAUGAGAAAGAAAACAUGGUCUUUCAUAGACGGCUCAAAGCAGGAAACUCUGGAAGGUAGAGAAACAAAACAGUUAACAGAUGCAAAUUUAAUACAGAAUCACAAAAGAAUUACCAAUCAAUAUGACACAGGCAUAAAAAAUCUUGAUUUUACAUCAGACAAAGGAAUAAACAUGCUAACAGCAGACCAUAUUAAACAAAAUAUACCAGUUCUAAAUGAGAAAAAACAAACUAAAUCGGAUUUUGAGAAGGAAAAUUCAGCACUUUUAAUCCCAGGAAAUGCAUUUACCAACACAAAGGCAAAUCAGGUAAAGGACAUACCGAAUGUGGACAUCACAUGUGAACAGGUUGAGGAAUUCCACAUGAAGCCACAAUGUUUUCCAGCAGAGCUAGCCAAGCCCCAACAACAGGCUCAUGAAGAGACACCCAAGAAAGAACAACCUGGGUUUAUUUUAACAGGGCAAACUGGUUUAGAGACUAUCAAAUUACCAAAAUCAGAACCAAUACAGCUGACAAAUAUUAAACAAGUCAAAGAGGAACAUACAAAUACAUUUGAGAAGAAAGAUCAAUAUGGAAAUAAGUUAAAAAACAAAUGGAUUAGGCCCAAUGAAGACAAGCAGAUAGAGGAUGAAAAAGAAUUGGUUCAGAAGCCAAAAGACAAGUCAACAAAUAGCACGAAGAAAAUCCCUAAGAUGCUCAAAACAGAACAAGCUGAAACAGAGAAGCUAAAACAGGAAAACAUAAAAACUGAACUGGCAAAGACUGAGACGCCUGAGAGGGUCGGAGCCAACCAAGUUAAAUAUGAUCAGCCCAUUAGCGUGCAAGCAGAGGAAAAACAGCGAGACACAGAAAAAGCUGAAGGAGAGCAGAUGAAAGAGAAGAAAAUCAAGAAUGAAAAAGUGGAAGAAGAACAGAUCAGAUGUGAAGAAAAGGAGCAGAAAGACCAGUCACAAACUGAAACACUAGACAUGAAGCAAAUGGAUGCUGAAGUGCUAGAGGUCAAAACAAACCAAAUAAAAGGAGAGGAUGUCAGAGAAGCUGGGGAUGAGAAAGAUUUAAGUCAUACAUGUCAAAUUAAUUCAGAGCUGGCUACAUCCUCUACAUGUAACAGUGAACACACAAAGGUAGAGAUAAAAGGAAAAUUGGAGCAAAAGGAAUCCAAGCUAUCAAAAACAGAAGACCUGCUCGAGAGGUCAGCUAAACUCCAAGCUCCACAACAAGACAGGCAGGAACCAGACAGAGUGGAGCAAGUUAAGUCAGAGUUAGCUAAAGCCAAAGCAGAGUUAGCCAAAAUAAAAGAGAAAAUGAGAGGAGAGCAAAAAGAAAAGGUUAGAAAUAUUCUUUUUACUGAUGAAGAGAGUACCUUGAAAAACCUUGAUCAUAUACAUACAAAUACUGUUAGUAAUGCAGACAGCAAAAACCAGAACCACCCAAUAGAAAUGCAAAUCCAUGCAAUUCCAAAUGAUUAUGAACGGCUUAGGGAGAAAUAUGGUUUUACUCAAGCUGUGUCAGCAAACUGCACCAAAAUGUCUGUCACAGAAAAUGUUCUCUCAAACGAUGUCAACAAGACCGAAGCUGAGUCAGGAAAUAAUUCAAAAUCAGUUAAUGGGCCUUCUUUAAAGAACUUUAUUUUGACAUCACAAACAGAAAAUAAGGAAUGCGUCAGAAGUUUUGGGGGCAAUGAGGAUACAGGAAGUCAGUUUCAACACAAUGAUGCAUUAAAAAAGACACAGUUAUUAAGCUCUCACUCUCACCAAAAAAAUUUGAAGGAUAAAUCUAACAAUGCAGCAGAGAAAUUGAAGGAAAACACUGCCCCGAAAUUGGAAAAAAUAAAUGUUUUUAAAGACGUAGCUCCACUGCAAAAAGUAUCUGCUUCGGUUAAACAUGAAAGAAAUUCAAUUGAUCAACGUACAAACUCAAGACUAGAUAUGGCUGUAACUCCACCUAGAGCUUUAUCUCAGAAGGAGAAAGCUCAAACUAAGCAAGAGAUACUGACUUCCAAAAUAAAAGCUCAUGCUGAAAAAGAGAUCUCUGCGAUAAAAGAAAAGACCUUGUCUUUACCAGAAGGUUUUAUUGGUAAAAGUUCCACCAAGCACUUAGCAAACGGUCAAAGUGCUAAUGUUCAGCAGAGGCCUUUUUUGCAGGAGGUGUUUAAGAAGCAAAAAAACAUGGCUUCUAAUAAAAUCACACCAAAGCAUCAAGUGGAGCCUUCAGAGGUACAAAAAGAACCAACCGCAUUUGCUUCAUCUUUGAGCGAUGAUACAGCAGGUCGUGGUGAUUCUGCCGACUGUUUAGAAGAACCAACUAAUCAACUAACAGGGACAAAUGUGAGUAAAGCCUUGAAUGGGCAUAUGGAAAAAGAAGGAAAUCUCAUAGAGACAUCUGAAAAACUGCUGAUAGAAGUCAAAGAGGAAACUCCUUCCAAAACAAAAGAAGAUCUAGCACAAAGUACAAGUCUGUCUAAACCAGUGACUGUAGUGGAUACCAAAACUAAAGAAGCAGCUUGCAGUGAGUCAGGACUGAUUGCGAGUCUGAAUAAAAAAGAACCUUCGCUAUCAAAUGACACUGUACAGAUUAUGGGCAUCAUGGUUACUGUAGUAGAAAGAGAACCGAUGCAGAGCACUGGCUCCCUAAAAGACGAUGUGGAAAAACAAACUGCUGCAGCAAAAGUAGAUUGCAAUAAACCAGAGAGAGGCAAAGAGAAUCCCAGCCACAAGGAAGCAGAAGAAGAUAAGCAUACCCUUGUUGAGCAUAAUCGUAUAAAACAUAUGCAAGAAGCUUUAACGUUGGAGGUGAUUGACAAAGAAGUAACAGCUGAAACGACAGAUCUCAAACUUGAUGCAGAACAUCUAAGAAAAAGAAAACCUGAGACAAUGGCUGUAUCAUCCAAAGAUAGACUGUUGGACCAAACUCAACACCAAAGGGAGAAAUUUGUAGAGGAAAGAAAGGAUGCCACAGUUGAAAUAUCAAAGGAAAAAAUGUCAGAAAACUCUAAAGACACAAAAAGAAAAGAUGAUGAAAAGCAACAGAAAAUGCAAAAAACACUUAUAGGUGAAGUGUCUCAUGAAAAAGUUAACAAAGCUGAAAAUAAUUGUCCCGUCAAAGAUGAUACAACUGGUGAAAUCCUUUCCAAAGCCAAAUGUGCACCAACACAAGAAGAUAACAUCUGCCCCUCUUCCUCAUCUAGCUUAUUCAGCUUUGGUAGUCCCAGCAAUAAUCUAGUCUUGAAUGAAACGAAACAUGUGUCUCAGAACCUUCAAUCAAAUGAAAAACAUAAUGCGGAGCAUAAUAAGGAAGAUACUAGUGUACAUAUUGGCAACAUUGCUAUCAGAGUUAUGCCAUCUGGAGGUAAAGAAGAUCAUGUGGGUAUGAUGGAAAAGAGUAAGAUCAAAACAAUUUCUUCAAGUAAGGAUUCUUCCUAUGAACAGUCACAAGUUGCAACAUCUAGUGGAGAAAGAAAAGCAAAGAUUUCAAAUACUGGAAGCUGUUCUGAAAACUCAAUUCCGGCAAAGAGUGAGGAGAUAAUAGAAGACAAUCUGGAAGAAAAAUUAGCUGUACAGUAUGUUCUCUCGAGUGUGAAGAAACUGUCUGACACACUGAAGGCAAGUGAUAAACAGAACAAAGAAAAUACAACCAAGGAACAUAUUGAAACUCAAGGCAAAAAGUUUGAUUCAAGUGUACAGCUAAUAGAAGCAGACUAUUUUCAAGUACAAGGGCCAGAAGAGACAAGCGAUAUGUCUCAAAACAAGAUCAGACCUGAAAAUGGUUUAAAGGAAAAGGACAUUCAGCAGUUAUUACCAAGCAAGACAAUGAUCAGCAAUGAACUGCAUGAGGAUCAAAGAAGUGAUGUUUUUGUGUUUACUGUUGAUCAGAGUGAAAGAAAAGCAAAUCAGUCACUUUUAGCAAAAACUCAAGGUGAAAACUUGACAAGAAAAACAAUGGAAAAUGAAGAUAAUAUAGUUGCUUCGAAACAGACUGAUGGUUCCAUGGAGAGUAGAGGUGAUAAAAAGAUGGAAGCAGAGCAAUCUCUCACUACCACAAAACACAAUGAAGAGAAUCGGUUUGACUCCUCUGUGAAGGAAAGGCAUAAUUUAAGUAAUAAACAUUUAAGAAACACACACUUUGCUAAAGAAAAAUCGGAGGUUAAACCAAAACCAAAAGAACGAGUCUGUGCAGUUCCUGAGAUAUCAGCUAUUGCAGACUAUGCCAGGUUAAAGGUAAUUGUUUCAGAGGAUAAAGAAGACCUUCAGAAUCAGCAAUUACCACCAAACAAAAGGGAAGGGUUCUUCCCACUAAUUCAGACCCGUCAUAGCAGAUGUCCUGUGUUUACUGACGACCCACAGGACCGUUCUAUGAAAACCCAAAGCUUGCCAAAUAAGACAGAGAUAAGUGCCACAGUCGAUAAAAAGCCCAAAUCUGUAGGAUUUCCAAUAAUGGAGAAGGAACACCAAAAAACUGGCAUGUUUAAACUAGGAGAUAAAGAAAAGCAAGAAAAACUGAAUGCCAAAAUGAACAUAAGUUCUUUAGACAAAAAUAAAAGUGCUGAGAAUCAAACUGAUAUAAACAAGUCAACCUCAGCCAAGACAGAGCUAUUGGUACAAGCAGCAGAGAGACAUCAAAUGAGUGCCAAAGAAGAACAGCAACAGAGGAAAGCCACACAUGAAGAACAGAGAAGAGCGACAGAGGAGCAGCAAAGGAUGUCUGAACAAGAGGAGCAACAGAGGAAGAUCACAGAAGAAGAGAAUAUCAGACAAACUGAGGAUGAACAACAGGGAAGAGCAGCAGAGGAACAGCAAAUGAAGACUGAAAUAGAGGAACAACAGAGGAAGCUUGCAGAGAUCAAACAACGGAAAAGAGAAGCACAUGAGCAGGAACUUAAGGGUGUUCCAUUUGAGGAACAGAGGAGUAUUGCAGAAGAUCAAAGAAAAGUAGAACGGAGAAGAGCAGCAGAGGAGCAGCAAAGGAGGGCUGCACAAGAGGAGCAACAGAGGAGCAUUGCAGAGAAUGAACGAGAAAGAAGAGCAGAGUGGGAGCAGCAAAAGUGGGCUGCUCAGUUAGAGCAACAGAGUGGAAUUGCCGAAGAAGAGCAAAAAAGACAAGCUGCACACGAGGAACAGAGAAGAGCAGCACAGGAGCACAAAAGGAGGGCUGCACAGUUAGAGGAACAGAGGAGGAUUGCAGAAGAAGAGCAACGAAGAAAAGCUGCAUAUGAGGAACAGAAAAGAGCAGCAUGGGAGCAGCAAAGGGGGGCUGCACAGUUAGAGGAACAUAAGAUUGCAGAAGAAGCGCAAAGAAGAAAGGCUGCACAUGAGGAAAAGAAAAGAGCAGCACAGGAGCAGCAAAGGGGGGCUGCAGAGUUAGAAGAACAGAGGAGGCUUGCAGAACAAAUGCAAAGAAGAAAAGCUGCAUAUGAGGAAAAGAAAAGAGCAGCACAGGAGCAGCAAAGGAGGGCUGCACAGUUAGAGGAACAGAGGAGGAUUGCAGAAGAAGAGCAAAGAAGAAAGGCUGCACAUGAGGAACAGAAAAGAGCAGCACAGGAGCAGCAAAGGGGGGCUGUGGAGUUAGAGGAACAGAGGAGGAUUGCAGAACAAAAGCAAAGAAGAAAAGCUGCAUAUGAGGAAAAGAAAAGAGCAGCACAGGAGCAGCAAAGGAGGGCUGCACAGUUAGAGAAACAGAUGAGGAUUGCAGAAGAGCAAACAAGACAAGCUCCACAUAAAGAGCAAGAAAGAAAAACAUCAGAGGAGCAGCAUAAGAAGCUUGGAGAGGAAUCACAACAGACAGCAGCAGUACAAGAAGAAUUACAGAGAGGAGCAGAAGAGGAGCAAAUAAGUCUUGGACAAAUAAUACAGAUGAAGGAAGGUGCAUAUGAACACCACAAAGGGAAAACUGAACAGGAACACCAAAGAGCAGCAGAAAAGCAGCUAAGCAGAGCAUUGCAAAAUGAACAACAGAGGAAAGGAAUAGAAGAGAAACAAAGAAGAGCUUCACAAUUAAAACAGAGCGAAAAAGAACAUGAACAGCAAUUAAAAACUGCAGAAGAGAGGAGGCAAAGAAGAGAAGCGGAGCAACAAGAGGGAGUUGGUCAAAAGGAUGGACAAAUUACAGUUUUUCCAGAAGAACAUAAACACAGGGAAUUAUAUGACCAAAAAACAAAAUCCUCACACAAUGAGCAACAGAGAACAGCCUCUGAAGAGCAACAGAGAAGAGCUGUGCAAGAGGAGAAUCAAAAGGAGGACUUAGAGGAGAACUGGAAGAGGGUUGCACAAGAAAAGCAGCAAAGGAUACCAUAUUUGAUUGAAGGGAAAAUACAAGUUAAACAGGUCAAAGAGCAAACACAAGCACAGAUUGAAAUGGAAACAAAGGGAAAACCAAGAGUGGAUGUAAAUGCUGGUUUGAUUUCAGAGAAAGAAAGCAUCAAACAGAUGCAGGAACAUAAAAUGCUGUAUCGUAUUGAAGAGACAAAGAAUGAAGGCGAAAAGGAGAAAUCUGGAAAGUUGGAAAAUGAUAACAAAACUGCUGAAAAGGAGAAAAUCAUGAGAGAAAAUAGAGUACAAAAACAUGUCAAAGAAAGUGUUAAACCACAAGAUUUUACACCAACAAAAACAGAAUAUGACACUGAUGUUGAAAAGAUGAAAGGUGAGAAGUUAACAUCUCCAAAAGACAAAGCCGUAGACCUUCCAAUGGAGAUGGGAAAAAGAGUCUCACAGAACACGGAUGCUCUGCAGUAUUACGCAAUCACCUCAAACAACAGAGAGAAAACACCCAGGGAUAGACAGUUGUCCCCCACUUCACCAUUACAAAAUCAAAAUAAAAAACUACAAGAGCCUGAAUCAUCCAAUAACUUGUUGUACCACACUAGACCUCACAGACCUCAAGCUGCUGUAUCCCCAGCUCCAUAUCUACCUCGUUCCAACACCUCCUCUCCUGCUCUUGGUGCCAAGCCUUUAAUGUUUAGAGUAAAGGAUAACACCAUCCGAGGUUCCUCUUUCACAAAGUCAGUGAAGCCACGUUUCCAUAAGAACUUCGGAGAGGAUUUCUUAAUGGGUUUAACGUUGGAUGGAGGAUCAGAUAAAACAGGGGAAGACCAGGAAAUACUUAGACAAAAUCGAGGGACCCCAAUUAAUCGCUUUGCUGCUAUCAAUGACUCAGCAGCUGCUCUGCUGUCUUCAUCACAGGAUAACUCAAACUCUUUGCAUCAUCUUAGACCAUAUUCUAGGAGAGGUAUGGCAAUGGAUGAUGAUGAAUCCCGCUCUGUCAUUAGUAAUAUGUCAGAAGAUGUAGAAAGCUUUGCUACCAGUGCAGCUGAUCUGACCGACAUGCAAGGCCUGUUUGACUUUGACAGACCGGAAUCAGCUUGCAGCUUCAGCAGUGAUAUUUCUCGUUCUAUGGGCAAACCUCCAGCUGUUCCACCAAAAAGUGAAAAAGCCUUGCGCAGAGCUCAAAGGUUAACCUCUAGAAGAAUAAAGAAAGAACUCUCAAAGGUGGCAGCAGAAAGUCCUCUGAGAGUUGGGAAAGACGAUUCCAGUUUUCCUUCUUCAUCCCAAUCAUCCAAUGAGGUAUGCUCCUCCAACUACCAUGCUGUGGCUUCUCCCCACUUUACUCCACCUGUUGCUGUUGCUCUUGCCCCAGCUCCAGCUCUUGGAUCUAGCUUGCAUUCUUCUCAUAAAGAUCACAAAUCCUCUCAUCACUCUUUUCAUGCCUCUCCUCAUGCCACUGACCCCAUAUCUAUUCCCAGUUCCUUGUCUCAUGCUGGCUCUGCAGUAUCGAUUAAUGGUUCUAGUACUGCUUCCAAACCUGUUGCCCUUCAAACAGUUGCUCAUGUGUCUUCUUCUCCAGCUCUCCAUCACGUCAAUCACCCGGCCACCUCAGUGACACAAUACCAUGUUGAGUCAGCCAAUUAUCCUCAAUCCUAUCCAUUGACGCAGCGCAAGGUUCUACAAGACCCGGGAUCGGGUCAGUACUUUGUUGUGGAUGUUCCUGUUCAAGUAAAAACAAAGACUUUCUUUGACCCAGAGACAGGAAAAUAUGUUCAACUGAAAGUACGCCAGACUGGUCUAAACAUUUCUCAACCCCAGCUUCAACAAACCUACCAACAGCCUCAAAUCCAACCACAAAUACAUAUAAGGCAACAAAAACAGCCCCUAUCUAUUAACAGUAAGCCUUUCAGUCUAUAUCAACACAAUAAUGGCACUUCCCAAAACUACCAGACAGCAGUUGUCAACUCGGUGCUCCCGAGCAACACAUCAGUCCUAGCAACUCAACAGGUCUUAAGGCAAAACCACAGCUACGGAAAUCCUGAAGUAGAUCAGAACUCUGCUGGGCAUCGCUACAGUCCAGAGAAGACACCAUACAUGGACACGGUUAAUGACGUCACCAAAACAUACAAUUUGGCCAACAGCAAAGAGGACACAUGCAAUCCUUCGAUCCAGUGCGACAGCCAGCUUGAUAAAAGUUCUGUUUGUGAGAACGACCACUCAGCUAAUUCAGAAUAUCAGUCCCGCCACAUCAUAGCCAUAAGUGAGUUAGAAGAUUUCAUGGAGGUGUCUGACUGGUGACAGCAAAAAAUGACAUAGAUUUUAAAAUCUAUUUGCCAAAAUGAUAAAUGAAACAAUGUAUAAAUGCAGAUACAUAUUUAGAACAACCUCCUUAGUUGAAACACAUCUUGUUUUUGACUAAAGUUGUCAUGGUGACAUGCUCUUAAACUGCUGAUGAUGUCUUUUUCAGAGAUUAGAUGUUCUAUUCUAUAUUUAUUAUUCUAUAUUUAUUGUUACCAUUCCACUUGACUUUGAAUGUCAGAAGCAAACAUAUGUCUCCUGGAAUUACAGAAUCAUCCAUAUCCAAUUUCCUCAUGCGGUAAACAUACCUUAUAUAUACAAAUUGCAAACCCCCUUUUAUGAAAUGCUUUUGUCCUUGUAAGAAAAUGCAUUUGUACGGCAUUAUAAACGAUGAAUGGACUGAUAUACUUUCCUGUUGUAAAAGCCUUGUAAUGCAUGAAAUAUUAACUCUUUAAAGCCAAACAUUUACAAAUGGUAUACAACAUAACUUUUUUUGCGCAGCAACAGUGUCAAAAUAAACAUGGUGACAUGCUAGUGAUGAGGUGUUGCUGUUUUAAAAGUUAUACAGUAGUCUAUUUUUGAAAGAGGGAUGUUUCUAGGAGUGCUUUUGUGUUGCUGUGAAUGUAGCAGGGACUUUUUUAGACAACAAAAACACCUAUUUCCCAUCAUGUGGAUGUUGAAAUGUUUCUUUUGAGGGUUUAAAAUAAUAAUAAAAGAAUCUGGAGGAUUUCUGAAAUAGAUGUA